AUGGCACAAUCGGUUCCACCUGGUGAUAUCAAUACCCAGCCCGGGAGUAAAAUAGUAUUCAAUGCCCCUUAUGACGACAAGCAUACUUAUCAUAUUAAGAUCACAAAUGCUGGCGGUCGUCGCAUUGGUUGGGCUAUUAAGACAACCAAUAUGCGCCGUCUAGGUGUCGAUCCACCCUGUGGUGUCCUGCACCCCAAGGAAAAUGUUCUUAUGGCGGUUUCAUGUGAUACAUUCGAUGCGUCGAAGGAAGAUAUCAACAACGAUCGUAUUACCAUCGAAUGGACUAACACACCAGAUGGUGCCGCCAAGCAAUUCCGCCGUGAGUGGUUCCAGGGUGAUGGCAUGGUACGCCGCAAGAAUCUGCCUAUUGAAUACAAUCUAUAAAAACAGUGGUACUAUCAACUAACAAGAAAAUGAUAUUAUCGUUAUCACAAUAUCUUUU